AUGAGCCGCAACUCAUCGCAUGAUCGGGACCUGCAACAGCCCUCUCACCCUCCUUAUGCUGCUCAGGGCCCCCAACGCGCUGCUAUACAAGUGCAGCCCUACCAUACUCGCAAGCACUCGGCCCCCCUGCCUGAGCAUGACGCUCGCGUUUUUGACGACGUCGACAUUACUGGACUUCAGCCACCCCCCUCUGCUCUAACACCCACUUCCCCCACCGCGUAUGACCCACAUGCGUCCUGCCCGUUAGACGACUUCCCCAGGUCAGGCCGUAGCAGUCACCAGCGCACGCUGACCGGAACCGUAUUCGAAAACCUUAACCGCGCCGCUACUACAAUCCAGCAGCAUACCUCACGCGCCUCUUCGCCCUCAAAGUCCCUUGCCAGUUUUAUGCCCUCGAGGGGAACCGUUGAAUCUAGCGCCAGCCAGCCCAAGAUCAGGGCUAUCCAGAAUUGGUUCAGUGGCUCUUCGCCCUCUAGCAAGGCCAGCACCUCGCAGCACGACGAUUACUCAGACUCGGAGUCGGCAUCAGGAGAAGAGUACGACUCGGAAUCAGAGUCAGAGUCCGAAGUGGAAGAAGAGAGGGGCAACAUGAUGGCCAAUAUCUUUACCCGUGGCUCGUCCCUUACGAGGGGCGCUUCUGAGAGUCCUCAACCCUCUAGCGCUAUGCCGGCGCAGACCAAAGCACCAAGUCAGCCGACUGCGAGCAGCAAGUUUGCCUGGUUGCUUAAGACACAAAAGAGCGCUGCGGUCCCUCCCCCACAGCCGUCACCCACAUACCACAACCCCGACGAUGAGCUGCUGAAUCUCAACAUCUCGCAAGCUCUCUUCCCCCACGGCCCCGCCGACCCCCUCGCUGCGUCAUCCUUCCACGACCUCCUCACUAAUGCCGAAGCGCUGCUCUCACGCUACCAGACUGCCUACCGCAAACUCUCUACUGCUCUAGUAGACGCACACUCGGAACAGAGUGCGCAGGAAGACGAGCUCGACGAGGCCGAGACACGUGCCCGCCACCUCAAGAUGCAACUUGAGACCAUGGCAAGGCGAGCCGACGAGCAGGAUGAGCAGAUGCGAUCGCUCAUGGAAGACCUUGCGUUUGAGCGAAGAGCAAGGCAAGAAGAAGAGGCGGCCCGCAAGAGGAAUUUGGCGCUCAUCAGGGGUUCGGCCCAGUGUGAGCAUGCUUCGUGCCAAGACACUGCUGUCAGACGGCACAACCGCAUUUCUGGGUCUGGACUUAGCGUCGAUUCUGGCUUCGAGUCGGAACCAGAAAACGACGGAGCAAGUGUCACGUCAGGAAACUGCUUGAGCCCAACCGCCACCGACCGUUCCUCCGUACUUGACAUUGACUCUCAUGCCAACACCACCAAGGGCAAGAAGCCUGCACCGCUACAACAGAAGAUGCAAGAAAAGAUUGACAUCAACCGGGGAGGAUGGGGAUGCGCAAAUUGUGAAGGUGGCGCACAAUCCUCUGUAUGGGGACGUCUGGCCAAGGAGCGAGAGGAGAACCGUACGCUAAGACUUCGAGUCGAGACGCUCGAGGAGGCUGUUGACGGUGCCCUGAACGCCGUCACUGGUGCUUGGGGAAUGUAA